CUAUUUUGAUGCUAAAAAUUAAUAUUGAAAGAAAAAAAAUUAAAUGAUAGUUAAUAUAAAUAUUGGGCUCCUGGGUCAUGUAGAUUCAGGUAAGACAACACUAGCGCGUGCUCUGAGCACUAUUGCUAGUACCGCGGCUUUCGAUAAAAAUCCACAGUCGAAAGAACGAGGCAUUACACUGGACUUGGGAUUCAGCGCUGUGGUUGUUGAAGCGCCGUCUAGAUUAAAGAGUCUUGCACCUAAUCUUGAACAAGUGCAGUUCACAUUUGUCGACUGUCCUGGACAUGCGAGUCUAAUACGCACUAUAAUUGGAGGUGCACAGAUAAUAGAUUUCAUGCUGUUGGUCAUCGAUUCGCAGAAGGGCAUACAAACACAAACUGCUGAAUGUAUAGUAAUUGGAGAAUUAUUACAACGAAAAUUGAUUAUGGUUGUGAACAAAAUAGAUUUAUUGGAAGAGGCUACGCGUGCAGCGCAGUUACAAAAACUGAAUGGAAAGCUGCGAAAAACUCUGGCGCAGACCAGUUUCGAUUCGGACAGCACUAUUUUCAAUGUAUCUGCGCUGGAAAAGAUCAACAUUGAGGAUCUUUUAGAUAACAUUGUUUCACAGGUUGAAAUACCUAAACGCAACAAAGACGCUCCUUUAGUUAUGUACACGGACCAUUGCUUUUCAAUUAAGGGUCAAGGCACCAUUUGUACUGGCACUAUAGUGCAAGGUAGCGUUGCGGUAAAUGAUCUGGUGGAAAUACCUGCAAUUAAAGAGCAACGUAAAGUAAAGUCAAUUCAAAUGUUUCGACGGCCAGUACAAACAGCGGCCAUGGGUGAUCGUGUUGGUAUUUGUGUUCCACAAUUUAAUCCAAAAACUAUGGAACGUGGCAUAUUAACGCAACCUGGUUAUUUGAACAACGUAUACGCGGCAUGUAUACGUAUUAAUCCUAUACGUUUCUAUAAAUUUGCAAUACGUUCCAAAAGUAAAUUGCACAUAACAAUAGGACACGAUACUGUUAUGGCAAAUAUGAUUUUAUUCAAAAGCGUCAAUAACAAACCAACGGAAGAAUUCAAUUUGAAUGACGAAUAUGAAUAUGUGGAAGAAUUGGAGCCAACAAUAAAUUCUAUAACAGAAGAUUGUAUAUUCGCUUUGCUUGAAUUUCAAACACCCAUAUUGGCUGCUGAGAAUGCCACAUUGAUUGCGGCCAAGUUGGACUUAGAUGCUCAAAGCAAUUGCUGCCGGUUAGCCUUUUGGGGUCGCAUGCUUUGGUGUACACACGCUAAUAACUACGCUUUAGAAGUUUUACCAAUAUUUAAAGUGUUUAAACACAAAUCGAAGCAGGGCUUCAUACAGCGGCUUGUCAAUGAACAUGAAAUAAUUGUUGAGAAUCUUUUCAGUAAACAGGGUAAUCGUGAAAUAUAUUUGGGAAAGCAAGUCGUAUUGUCUACAGGGGAAACUGGUGUUAUUGAAAGUACUUUUGGGCAGAAAUCAAAGGUGAAAGUAACUUUUAUGAAUGCUCUCAGACCAGAAACCUUGAAUGAAUUGAAAGGUGGACGUUUUGGUAGUGUAAAGGUCUUGCUUAAUUAUAAAAAAUAUAUUUUCAAUAAACAACUCUCACUGGUACAAUAAAAAUGUA